AUGAAACUUCUUCUCAUUCUCUUCAGUCUGAUGGGCGCCAGUUUGGCUCUGACAGUCCAGAACAACACCCAGUCUCGUCUGGUUGGCUCAGCAAACGUAGAGUCCAAAAACGACUUUCCUUGGAUGGUGUCAAUUCAGUACAACGGCAUUCACGUAUGCGGCGGUGCAGCAAUUGACAAACGUUGGAUUUUGACCUCUGCCAAGUGUGUUUCUUCAUUGAACAACAAACUAACACAAAUCCGCUACAACACACUUAUAGUGAACUUUGGUGGUAAACAAGCUGACAUCAGUUCAUUUGUUCCUCAUCCUGAUUUCGACUCUCUACACUACACCAACAACAUUGCGCUAAUUCACACUGCCGCAGACCUAGAUAUUACCAGGUUUGCCCAAAUUCCCUGCGCAAUGAACACACAGUUGAACGCACUACUGCAAUUUGCAGGCUGGGGCUCUCGAAAAUCUGACUCAAAUGAAGCUAACGUUGAUUUGCAGUACAUUCAAAUUCCCUUUCUUGAACUGAAGUGCGCACCUUAUCACAUAGACAUUGGUAUUAAUAUGGACGACUCUAUGUUUUGUGCUGGAGACUAUGAACACGGCGGCAUUGGACUGUGUAACGGCGACGAAGGUGGAGUGGCAAAUCGACCUGCCACCUCCUAUGCUUACGGCAUUGGCAGCUUCCACCUGGGGUGUGCCCAGCCUCGAUUAACCAGUGUCUUUACUAAAGUUAGUAACUAUAAAGGUUGGAUUCAAGCAACUACAGGUAUUCCCUGUGUGGCUCCAAAUGAGUAA